CGUUGCUCUCUCUCUCUCUCUGUAUGCGCCAGCAGCUCGUCGUGUUUGUCUCUGAAGCCGGUCUCGCCAACAUCCUCGCUCGCCACCACUCUGCCUCCACUCCCGCCAGCAACACCAACAACAACAACAACAGCAGCAACUCGGACUCGCUCAAUCUCACUCCGGCAGACGUCGUCGUCGAGGUCGUCAACGGGCCCGACAAUCUCCUCGUCUCGGUCGCGGACAUCCACGCUGCAGCCGCGCUCGCCUCGCUGCUCCUCGCUGAAGGCGUUCGAUCCAAUCGUCUCGCUUCAACAUCCGAGUCGGACACACAGAUCGCUGAAGCCUCAUCGCAGGGCUCGGGAAGACUUGCAUUGGGCGUCGCUGCCCUGAUCAUUGGUACAAUUGCCAUUCUUGCCAUCAUCCCAGAAUCGAUUUAUCGCGCACUCCCGCUGCUUUGGAUUGGUCUGGUUGUCGUGGCAUUCCUGAAGCUUGCUCAAGAGCGUUGGUCGAACGGAACACUCUUCUCCUCAGAGUCUCACGCUCAUUCUCAUUCUCAUUCUCAUUCCCAUUCCCAUUCCCAUUCCCAUUCCCAUUCCCAUUCCCAUUCCUAUUCUCACUCGCACGAGCACAGCUCUUAAAGUCAUGGCGUCGCUCUCGUCACACGUGCUGCCUCUGCUGCACCGUCAAGCAUUGAUGCAAGCCAACGUUUCUCUCCUACGUCCGCACCUUCUAGGCUGUCGACACAUUCAUCUCGGCGCCAGGACGAACACAUCUACUAGCGUCUUGCCCACACCCACUGCUCAUCACCACCACCGCAGGUACUCGUCGUCGUCGUCAGCAUCAUCAUCAUCAUCAUCGACAUCGUCCUCAGUCUUUUCAAGCAAGUCUGGCCGCGUGGCCAUCGCAGGCAUCUUGGGAGUGGCGACCGCUGCAGGUGCACUCGAGCUCUACAAGCACUUUUAUGGCCCAACGGAUGGCCUGACAGCCACUGCACGCUCGCUUGUACUCAAGUCCAAGCUGGCCCAAAACGCCGGCGACCCCCAGCGUGCCCUCUCCCUCCUUCAGGACGCCGAAAAGCUGACCAAUGCCGAGGCGGUUGGUUAUCCGUACAUUACUGACACCCUGGCCAACCUGCAUCUGCUGCUGCACAACUUGGAUGAUGCCGAACGCUACUUUCGCAUAACCAUGCGAGCGCGCAUUGCUCGUGGCGUGCCUCCCACCAGCGAUGAGAUGAUUGAAAUCUCCAUCAAACUCGCUACCAUCUACGAGAUGCAAUCCAAACCAGAGUUGGCAGAAGUCGGAUACCACUGGGCCGCUGCAACCAUGGGUGCUCAACGCGAGCAUCUUGCAGAGGAAGUGUUGCGGCAGCAGCGCCGGGAAGCCUACCAGCAAGCUCACCAAGCGGAUGCAAAGCUCGAUGACAACCGCACCGCCAUGACCCCAUCACCUUCUUCUUCUUCUUCUUCUUCUCCUCCUCCUCCUCCUCCAGCCACCAAAGCAACCAAAGCCGUGCAUACACGAUGGGGGAUUGAUGGGCCAGAUGCAGACAUGAGCCUGGAAAACUUCAACUAUCCUCUGCUCGCAAUGGCCUUGGAACAUUUGGGGCGCUUUUACGCACAGAAUGGCGUGAACGAACCCGCCCUGGAGCUCCUGCAAGAGUCGCUUCGCAUUGUCCGCCGCAAAAUGGGUCCCAAUCACGAGCAGGUUGGCGCCAUUUUGGCCACCAUCACCACGGUUCAGCACGAGUUGCGCGACGACGUUGCCGCCAAGCGUACAGCUCUGGCUGCGCUCGAAUUUGCGCGCCAGCCGGCUGGCCGUCGUAUGCUGCAUGUGGCGCUCUUCAAUCUGGCCACCGUUCAGCUUGCACUCGAGGGGCUUUCACCGGCGAUUGUCGCGAUGCUCAUCGAAGCGGACAAUGCUGCACCCAACGACUAUGAGCGGACUACCCUUCGUGGCAGCAUCUUCCCCAUGCUCAAGCAGCACCCGACGCUCCGCGGACAACUGCCGUGGCUCCAGCGACCUCCCACAAAUUGAUGAUGGUUUUGACGGUGGUUUGAAUUGCGGUGGAUCCAAUCCAGUACCUCCUUGCAUACCAACGCCAUUUCACAGCAUUUAGUAUUCAUCACCAUAAAACCAAAGUACAUGUCUAUUCUCA